CACCCACCCCCCUUCCCCACGCGGCCCAAGGGCGCGUCCUUGCUCUCUCGGGCCCACUCCUCUCCAACCCGAAGCCCCAGCCACCACCCAGCUGUCCCUGACCCAGGCCCCAGGCCCCAGGCCCCACUCCCUGCCCUGGCCCUGGUUCCAGCACAGCCUCUCUCAGGCCCUGGAAGGACCUUACUGACACCGGAAUCUCACUGCGCUUCCACCAUGGCACAGGUGUUCAGUGACCUGAUGACUUCUACGGACGGGUGGCUCAGGGAGGGACCCUGAGUGGGGUCCUCCUCACACGAGGCCUGGGCUGUUCCUCACCUAUCACUGCUGGGAGUCUCUCUCUCUCUCUCUCUCUCUCUCUCUCUCGCUCGCUCGCUCCCACCACACUCCCCCAGCAGCGGCUGCAAUCUGGAAGAAAUUACUCUUCUACACAGCCAGACUUCCCCCGUUUCAGGAAAUUCCAAGCUGGGCAGGGAGGGGGGCUGGGAAGGGGCUGCCCCAUUGCUCCUCCUCCCUCUGCUCUCCUCACGCCCAGUCCCGGCUCCUCCUGCCCUGGUCAGCAAGAGGAGCCUCAGCUUUGCCACCGCUGCUUUCUAGUCCUUCAAGUCCUAAAGGCCAAUGUUUUGGGGAUAAGGAGGCCUGGGUGGGGCCUGUGGCUUAAGUUUCUCUGCUGCUGGACAACAAACAGCAGGACUCCACUCCUGCUUGGGCUCCACCAUGGCCCCUGAGAGGGGCUGACACUCCCGGGUGCAGGUGAGAUCUGCCAGCCAGGAGGAAGGAGGAAGAAGGGCAAGUGGGCGGGUUAGCAGGCAGGCGAAGGUGGACUCUGAUCCCCGGCUCAAGGAGGACCAAGCACCCUCAGGCUGUGAGAACCUCGAGCUUUUAUGUUGGCCCAGAACAACAGCCCCUCUGUCCAGGGCCCGCUGGUGAUGAGCUUUUUCCAAGAGUGACCUCACUGAAUGAAGCCCAGCAACCCUGGUGGAGGGAGAUUCGAGCUGUUUCCCCGGGGACACCCUGGGGAGCAGGGAGUGACUUGCCCAGGGCCUCAGAACUGGCCGGGAGAGAGGCUGCAUUCAGAAGCUCUGUCUUACUCAUAUUUGCUCAUCUGCAAUGGAAAAGAAAUGACAAUUCAGGAUGCAAGGAAAUCCCUGGACUUGUUUUGUUUUGUUUUGUUGGAGACAAGGUCUCACUAGCUAGUCCAGGCUGGGCUUGAACUCACAGUGAUUCUCCUGCCUCAGCCUCCAGAGUUUUGGGAUCACAGGCGUGUGCCACCAGGCCUGGCUUGCUGGGCUUUAUGUCAAAUCCAAAUGUCAUUUUUUCAACUUGGCUGCGCACCCUCUCCUAGAAGCAGCCACAAGCAACACAGUAUCAGCCUUAGACUUCAGACUUAAUCUGCCUGGGCAGGUGCCAAACCGCUCCUCAGCGCUGGCUCCGGUGUGACCCAGGGCAAGUCACUGCACCCCUCUGGCACUGCAGCCCGAACACAUCCCUAGAUCAGACAGCAGAGCUGUAGUUUCCCCCUCUCUGGGUCGCCCGGGGGUUAAGUGUGUUCGUCUGCAUGUGCUGAAGAUUCUCUGUUAUGCCUCCUUCCCCUUCCGAGCAGGAGUUCUGACUCUUGGUUCACAGAGGUAAACGAGGGAUCAGGUGAGGAAGCUGGUUCAGGGCCCCACAGGGAGGAAGGGACAGAAUUUGACCCCAGGGACAUGAUGUCAGAACCAGCAGUGACAGGGGCCUGUCUGCAACGCCAGGACAGAAGUAGUGAGCCCAGGUAGGGCAGGGCCCAGGAGAGGUGACAGCCCCAUGUCAGAGAAGGAACAUCCAGAGGGAGCCUCUGCUUAUUAAAUACUGUGUUUGCUGGGCACAGCGCUACAGUGCCCCAAUUCUUACCACAAAGACUCAGAAAUGUAUUAGUGUUGCUGUUUUCCAGAUGCAGUCAGAAAUGAGGCCAGAAAGGUUGAGGAGACUGCUUAAAUCUAUGCAGCACGGGCAGAGCCAGACCCACACCUGGCUUUCCACGUGCUGCCCUUUUCCUGUGGUCUACUUCGGGUCAAGCGCUGAGGGUAGGGCCCCGCUGGCAUCUGGUGGGGCUUCUGAUCUUAACCUGAAUCAAGAUUCAUGAAUGAAUCCAGUUCAGCAUUUAAAAAUAGAGUAGAACAGAAAAUAUCAGACAGCCUACCACCUGGGGAGCAGGACACAAAGCAAGACUUGGAAGGGUCUUGUUUCAUAAAAUGCUUGUUUCUGUUAUGGAGAAGGUGGAAGUGAUGGUUGUGUUAGGGUACAAUAAGCUAUGUUUACUUGUCCAAGUUAAGGUUAGAGAAGUCUCCAAAAAAAAUGCAUUAGUGGCAAAUUAAGACUGGUUUUCCCAGGGUUCGGGGGAGAGGUGCUUGUGGGGCAGUCCUCAGAACACACCCACCUAAACUACUGCUAACCAUUUGGCUUUCUGUCCACAUCACCUCCUACACCUCCCAGGGAGCUUCAGUGGAACUCUUCUGUGCGUUCUGUAAGGGAGGUGGUGUUAUUUUAUCCACUUUACAGAGGAAAACAAAUGGGCUGACCCCAACUCAUCUAGCUGGCAAAGGGCCAGCUAUUCUAUUGGCAUAGAAUGUUCUCAUCAUAACAGUGGUGGGCCGGGGAUUUACCUCAGUGGUUCUGCUGCCUGCCUCGAAAAUGCAAGAUCCCGAGUUUGAUCCCCGGUACCAAAAUAAAUAAAUAACCAAGUGAAAAUAAUGAAAAAAAAAAAAAAAGUUGUUCCACAGAAACCGCGGGGUCCCAGGACAUGGGCAGAUGCGUUUCUAUUUACCAUCCAACCCAGGGCAGCUGCGUGGCACUAGCCACUUAGUUUACAAUUCACAACUUCCAGCUUCGCCUGGAUACCAUUCUUGCCCUUUUUUUAUUGUAGGGGAAUUGGUAUUAAUGUUUUCACAAAAUAUGAGAAGUUGUACUGUUAGGUCAUGGUCUCUCAAAACCGGGUAACUAGAUGUGGAAACAUACGGAUCCCUGGGGCCACCCCAGACGCCCACACUGGGCUCUCCAGGCUGGCCCGGAUUAGGACCUGUGGACACUGAGGAGCUGUCCCUGCACUGCCGUCUUCAUUGUGGUUCCUGGAAGUCGCCGGCUGGAGUCUUCUCAGACAGAUGCCGGUGCUGAAGCAGCCGGGCCCAGCGCAGCCCAAGAAGCGCAGCCCAAGAGGCGGUGCGCUGUCCAUCUCGGCGCCGCUCGGUGACUUCCGGCACACGCUGCACGUGGGGCGCGGCGGCGACACCUUCGGGGACACCUCCUUCCUGAGCCGCCACGGGGCCGCGCCGCCCGCCGCCGAGCCCCACUCGAAGCCCGCGGGGACCCCGCCGCCCCCGCCCGCGGCGCCCCCAGACCCGCUGCUGUCCUUCCACCUGGACCUGGGCCCCUCCAUGCUGGACGCCGUGCUGGGCGUCAUGGAUGCGGGGCGCGCGGGAGCGGCUGCCCAGCCGGAAGCAGACGCACGCCCUGGGACGCAGCCCCGCCGGGGCCCCCGCAGCCGCCCCGACGCCCGCCUGGAGCUGGACCGCGGGCUCGGCCUGUAGCGCCCGCCCCGCCUGGGUGACAUAAACGGCCGAGGUCUGCGC